CGCGAAGAACAUAACUCCUGCAACAAGUAAAACCAACGAAUUGGUUACCGAAGCAGCACAGAAAUCAGCAUUAUCUGGUAAUCGUUGUUAGCCAAUUACAGAAGAAGAGAACCCCCACCAACCUAAUAAGCAGAGAGGGAGAAGCCGGAAUCCGUCUCUUGCGCGCGUACUCAUUUCCGCCCCAUCUGUCCAAGUACACCUCGGACCUCCGUUCGCCGGACAAUGGCCGGUUCCGAGUCUCAAUACGCACCGGCGUCCACUCCAAAAGAGCCCCUCUUGAAGCGGCUUAAGGGCAUUUGGCGCUUCUCCAUGAUCGUCAACUUGGCUGUGGGAGCUUACAUCUUCGCUCAUGCUGGCAAGAAAAACGGGGGGAAACAUGUGGAGAAUGUCGAGAAAGCAAAGCCCGAGUCUUUGCUGGAAGAAUACUCUGAUCCUUACGACUCCAUAGUCGAGAAAUUAACUCCUCUCCAUAGGGAGCCAAUAUCUGAAGAUCAGCAGCGUGAGCUCUUCAAGUGGAUGUUGGAAGAGAAGCGGCAAAUGAAGCCUAGCGAUCGUGGAGAGAAGAAAAGGGUUGAUGAAGAGAAGGCCAUUCUCAAAAAAUUUAUCGGCGCCAAGACAAUUCCGAGGAUUUAA